CCGGUGCUCUCGUUCACGCUCAGUUCAGUCGGUGGCCAACUGUUCGGUUGUGUGGUGGACUCUCUUUUUCGCUCCUCUCUCUCCACAAUCCCGGGUCAAUUUCCUCCUGCCGAUCCUCUCUGCGUUCACUGGCGGAAAAUCAACGUUUCUCCAUUUAUAUUAUACCUGUACACACUAUUUAGUUUCGUGACGUCACUUUCGAUUGUGUGCUACCGCCAUUUUCGAAAAGAAAAUUUUUUUUGCUCGCCCCCCCUCCUGACACGUUCCGCCAUUACAGAGUCCACGCAACUUUUCUCUCGUGUUGAAACAAAAUUUUUUUGAAAAAAUAGUGACCGCGUGUGGAUUAUUAAAAAAUUGUGAAUCGAAAAAUCGGCAGUGUGUUUUUGUGUGUUUUCGGGUUGAAAAAUUUUCGUCAUCAGCUGAUCGCCAUUUUGGAGAACCAACAAAUUCCCAGUGAAUAAAAUUUUUGCGCGGCGCAGAGAGUAUGCCGAGCUCUGGAUUGAUGCAAUUAAGCAACGGCAACAACAGCAACGGAGUCGUCGUAAUCAGCAACAACAACAACAGAAUGGACGGAACUCUUAGUCAGAGUAUGGAUUCGGUCAACACGGUAGCAGCCGAAGAAGAGGUGAGGACUUUGUUCGUGAGCGGACUGCCGAUGGACGCCAAGCCGCGUGAAUUGUACCUUCUCUUCCGCGCCUACGACGGAUACGAAAACUCUCAACUCAAAGUCACCAGCAAGAAUGGCAAAACCACUUCGCCGGUUGGAUUUGUCACGUUCGCCACACGAGCCAGCGCUGAAGGAGCCAAGCAAGACUUGCAGGGUGUGCGGUUCGAUCCGGACAUCCCGCAGACGAUCCGGCUGGAAUUUGCCAAGAGCAACACCAAGGUCAGCAAACCCAAACAGCAGAACAGUUCGCCCCCUGCAGCUGCCCCUCACCCCACGUUGCUGCACCCCCUCACCGGCCAGGAUUUGAGCCCGGCUUUUUUCCCGACGGCCUCGGACAUGUGGACGACCCAUCCGGCGUUGGCGUAUUCGGCGGCGGCUGCAGCGGCGGCAGCGGCGGCGGCCGAGCUGCAGGGCCACCAGGGCAGCGCCCACCAGGGAGCGGCGGCGGCGGCGGCGCUGCAACACGCUCACGCUCAUCACGCGGCCGCCAUGGCCUCUGUCCACCCGGCCCUCCACCCGCAGUUGCCCGGAUCGAUGCAGAUGAGUCACGGCGGUCAUCACUUGACGCAACUAAUGGGAUCGACGCCUCAUCACCACCACCAUCACCACCACCAGCAGAUGGCCCAGGCUGCGGCUGCGGCCGCUGCGGCCGGCGGUUCACCCGUCGCCGCUCCGGGCGCCGGUGCCGGAGCUUCGACUCCGUCGGCCAUGGGAGGCGGUGCCAACGCUCCUUGCUCGACCCUUUUCGUGGCCAAUCUCGGCCAGUUUGUCUCUGAACAGGAACUCAAGGAACUUUUCGGCAGUUUCCCGGGCUAUUGUCGCCUCCGCAUGCACAACAAGGGCGGGGCUCCUGUGGCCUUUGUCGAGUACGCCGACGUCCGCUGCGCCGCCCAGGCCCUCAUUUCCCUGCAAGGCACGUACUUGCUCUCGUCUGACCGUGGCGGCGUCCGGAUCGAGUACGCCCGCAACAAGAUGGCCGAGACGGGCGGCGUUGGAACGGGCAGCAACAACGGAGGAAGCCCAACCUCGGGCGGAUCCUCGUCCUCGUCGCUCCUCUCGUCGAUGGGAAACGGCCAGUCGCAGGAGCCAAAGUACAACCUGCACCACCACCAGGCCGAAGUGGAAGCGGCCAAGAUGUCCAACAACCAGGCCAACAUGAAUGCCAUGGCCGCCGCCGCCGCCGCCAACUCGGCUCUCUCGCAGGCCGUCCAGGGUGCUCCGCUCCACGCUCUCGGCCUCUACGGCCAUCACAUUUGGCUAGGAAUGCAAGAUUAACGCCGUGGAAUCCGGAUCCAUUCAGCCACGCACAUUCUCUCCGCACACGUGACUCAAAACCGCUACUAACCGACUGCCGGGCUACUCUGCAACACCCAAAUUGUUUGGGGGGAAAAUAAAACUGUACAACCUGCAAAUUCAUGACAAAUUCAAAAACAAAAAAAGGGAACCCACCGACCGAUGCUGCCGCGACCUGGUUUUCCGCUCUCUCCCCCGCGGAUGCUCCUGCUGCUGCUGUGGUGGUUACAUAACAUUCUGAAAAAAACAAAUUUUUGGAUAGGAAGAAGAUGAUGAAAAAGAAAUGAAGGACAUGAUGACAUUCUCCCACUUUAUUUACGUUUAUUGAUCUGUUGUGCUUGUUGUUGGUUUAGAAGAAGAAAAAAAAGUUCCUUAUAGAGCGGCGAACCCACCCACACACCUGACAUUGUUUGUUUGUUUGUUUUCUCUCCCCCCCCCCCCCUCCGUUUAUCCCAUAGGAAACUUUUUGGUUUGGAUGAAAAAUUUGUUCUUGUUUUGAUUUCUCUCUAUUUUGUCUCGUUAUAUAUCAAAUCAAAUUGUUGUGUGUGUUUGCUAUGUGCAUCCCCCCUCCCCCCCAUUGAUUAUUAUUUUUCAACGUUUAGUUUUUGACUUUGGCUUUCGUCUUCAUUCAGCGCGGGGGACGAUUCGUAAAUUUCGAAAAAAUUUCAAAAAAAAAGAUCCAUUUUUUGUUGGUUUAAACUUUUUGUUUUUCUCGGGGUGAAAAUUCCUUUUUUUUUCUCAACUUUCUGCAGUCGACAAAAAUGAACAGAAAGUGGCGUGACAAAUUCUGUCGUUUGUAAUUUUGUUUUGUUUGGUUUCGUGUUCAUUUGUGCUCCCCUCAAAAAACGUUCUGACCGCGAAAGCUUAAUGGACAUUGGGCUCCAGCAAUAAUGAGAUAUAUUUAUAGACAGUAGUAAGGGUUACCCGUAUAGCAUCAAUAUUAUAUAUAAAUAUAUAUAUAUUUACCGAAUAUAUAUAUGUAUGUAUUGCCAGGCGAAGUGGGUCACUCGAUUUCCCAGGUGGAUUACCCCCCCUCCCUAUGAAUCUUCUUCUUCUUCUUUUUACCCCAGCCCUUCCUCUGCGUCAAGUCGAGUCACGUCACGCCGAGUGCUUGCGUGUGUGUAUGUGUGAAAAAAAAAUGUAUAUGCCGGACAGAGAGUAGAGGGUGUCCUCCAUCAAUGAAAACCAAAAAGGACAAACAUUCUGAAAUAAAACAAACAAAAAAAAAAGAAUUGUUAAAGAAGAUUUUAUGUAAUCAUCAGCAAUAGAAAAGAAAUUCCCCUUUUUGUCUGUCUCUCUGCCCCCCAUUUCUUAUUACAUUAUAUCAAAAUAGAUCCCUCGAUUAUGUAUACAUGGUAUGACAUUUCUUAUAUGUUUUUGGGGGCUUUUGUUUGUUUUGUUGUUUUGUCUCUUUUGACUUUCUCUCGUUAGCUGCAAUGUGAGGUCGAGUACCCCCAGAAGAAGAAGAAAAAGGUGAGGGUUACAUAAGAGGGGCGUGGCCCGACCAGGAAAUAAUGAAAAGGGAGGCCAGGACAUUUGAUUUUGUCGCCUGUUAUUAUUACCGCUGUUUUUGUUUUUUGAUGGGAAUGAAUAAGACAGUCGAGCGUGGGAGAGAGAGACAAGAAGACCGGGGGUGUCGAGUUGGUGUCGUUUUCUCUCCCCUUUUCCGUGUGUGUGUGUGUGUGGUUGCUCCCUCCGUGUGUGCCGUGUUGUGUGUUGUUAGGUAAUCUCUUUGAAAAAGAUGUGAGCGCAGGUAGAAAAUUGUUCCUUUUUCCGUGUGUGUGUGUGUGUUCUUUAUUUUUUUCUUUUUCGCAAUUUGAUACAUACCAGCCCGUUUCGGGUUGUUGGAUUCCGUCCAAACAAAUCUUGUUUUUUUUCUUCUUCUUAACUUCUCUUUUUCGUUGGUUGUUGUCGUUUUUUCGGAGGGGUCUUGUCAAAAAAAGGCUAUAGUAACAAUUUCAAAAUUCGACAGUGUUAUAAAAAUCUCUCUCCGCCCUCUCUCUCUCUCUCUCCUUUUUCUCAAUGUCAUUUGUAAUUAUAAUCGUGGAUAAAAACAACAAUAGCUAAACACAAAACAAACAAAAAAACACAUGUUCAAUGUCCUAGUUAUUCUUAUUAUGAUUUUCUUGUUUGUCUCUCCCCUACUCCGCAUUUCCUUACUUAACCCCAAAAAACAUCUCGAUGGUCGUCGACUAUUAUAUCAAGACAAAUUAUAUCAUUAUACUAUAUCCCCCCUUUAAUUUCUACAUUUUUGGAAGGAGAAGAUAUGGGAGGGGACUUUUUUUUCAUUUCCUGUAUUGUUUUUUCUCUUUCCCCCCGUUUUUAUUUCGGUUUGUCUCUCGAGAAAAGAAGAAAACAAAAAUAUUGUGUGUGUGAUGUAUUCCCUCUCUCUCUCUCGCUGCUGGUGUGUCAUCAUUCAUUCAUGUCGGACAAUUGCAAAAGACAAUCUUCUUUUCUCUCUCUCUCUUUUCUCUUCUCUGAAUCUUUUAUACGCGUUUUUCUUUUCUCUUUGGCGUUUGCUGACCUGCUGGGUCCCCAUCUGUUUACUCCGACGGUCAGUGUCCACCUUGCAGUGUAGUUUCUCUCGUGUGCAGGAAGGGAGAGGGAAUGUCAUUACACGCUCGAUUAUACGCCGAGUCAAUCUCUAAACAACCCAACCGAUAUAUCACAGUAGAGACGAACCAACAGUGAGAAAGGGAAUUUCGAGUGGGCCAAUGGGAGGUGGGGCGGACGACACAAACCAAAGUUCUGAUUAAAAAUUAAAGUUUAGACGCGACGUGCUCUGUGUGUGUUGUUUUGUAGAUUCCUAAAUAUCAAAUGAUGACGACGAAUGUCUAAUAGACCGCCGCUCGACGGGGUGGUAGUACAUUUUUAGAGAGAUACCUUUAUAAUAAAUAUAUAGAGAGAGUGGCCUUAUCUUAAUAAAACAAAAAACAAACAAAAGACAAAAAGCUAAGAAGACGAAUUAUUGAUGACACUAUACGGCGUCUGUCUGUGAGCGCGGGAGGACAUGAGCUCGACAAAUCUCGACAUAAGACAUUUUGGAAUUCAGAAGAUUCACCCGCCCCCGCAUAACAGCCGAUUUUAUAGUUGGUUUCAGACGAUUCGUAUUUUUUUAAAUGCACAGAGGAUUGAUGACCCCACUUGUAUUUUAAAAAAUCUGAAUCCUUGAUUGACUCGCUCUCCGCUUUUGUGUGUCUCUCGACUCGACAGAAAACAUGAUUUAGAUCUUUGCGGAUUUAAAUUUCCGAUUGAUUGUCAUUUGAGUUUCCCGCAUUUCUUCAAUUCAAUCAUUGGCUAUUUGUAAUCAUCAUUUGGUUGACGACCGUCGACUUUUUUGUUUUUGAUUUUUCAGUGAAACAUUUUUGGUCUCAUUAUCGUAAUACGCUCUAGAAAUAUCCUUCUCUCUCUCUUUCUAGUUUGAUUCGUUAUGUUGUAUUUUGAUUUCAUCAUUAAACCGUGUUGAUUCAAAAGUGCUGCUUCUUUUAUUUUCAUGCUGGGCUUAUUUUGGGUUCUAUUUCGGCGUGUGGAGCGAGAGAUCGUUUUCUUGCUUCCCAUUUCCGACUUGGUCGUCGCUUGUGGGGGGUUGGAGCCGGGCGAGGCAGCAGGAUCGAUCCGUUGCUGGAAGGAUCUCGCGGUCUCUCUCUCUCUCGGCACACACGGGGGGAUUGAAGUUGAUCUAAUUAUCUCCGUGGCAGAUGAGGCCCUCGCCUCGUCGCCUUUGUUGUUCUUUCGCUAAUUCUUCCAGACCCGCCCAGGCGCCCUCCUGCGGGCCAGCACACAGCAUCCACCAGCCGCCGCAGUCAAAAGAUGAGAGAACUGCUUUUCUUUUCUUUUAAAAAAAAAUAAACCACAACAACAACAACAACACGGCGAACUUCUAUCGGCUUUGCGGGCUUUCCAAUAUUUCUAUAGGGCAGCACAGCAAAUUCAAUGCGGCGCUCUCUCCAUUCGCUUCACGGGAGAUUGAACUGCGAGGUGAGCGAUUGGUCACGUCACCAUCCCCAUAUGUCUCAUUUCAACAACCAACUCGACAGACUCUUUUAUUUCAGACUCCUUCUUUUGUUUCUCCAUCACAACUUUGUCUGCUCUCUUUCUUCCCUAGUCUUCGCCCACCGACAUUGAAACGUGCUUGCAUGUGACGUAUCUCUUCAACUGUUGUAUAACCACCCUCAUCCGUUUCUUGAUAAUUAUCUGCUGCUUUUUCAAAGAACUCGCCCAACAUUUUUUCAAAAAUAGAAAUAAUAAUUCCGUGUUAUUUUUAAAUAGAUGUAAAGAAAAAUUCCCGCAGACAUCGAGUGAAAAUCUCUUUCCAUCAUACAACCGCCAAAUAGUUGAAGUGAAUAAAUGCGGGAAAAUGACGAGGUUUCAAGUGGGAGCGAUUCCCGUCGUUGCUGCUGGCCGUCGGUGUAGUAAUCUUAGACACGGCAGCAGCAGCGUUGCAUCUAAUGAGCGAAAUGUGCACUCUCAUUAUCCAUUGAGAUCCGUUCCGGGCGUUGCUAAUGAAUCCGUCGACGGUUUGAUAGGCUUAGAUCACUCGACAGUGGAGGAGCCCACUGGAGCGCAGUUCACCCGCUAUUUUUCCUCCUACCGAUUCUUCACGGCCGAAGCAGCAUAAAGAAAAAAAAGGGGCCAGGUAUAUAUAACUCUCUUCAAGUCUCAGAUUUGUUUUUGUUUGAAACCGGUUUAAACUCUCUUUACGACAUCCUUAUAAUAUCCAGGAGCCAACCAGCAGCAGCAGCAGGAGGGGGUAGGUUGAAUAUAACAGGCUUUUCUCGCUCUGAUGGAUUGAAUUAACGAGCCUGUGCGUAGGACGCGGCCAAAGUUUCCACUGUUUUUUCCUUUGACGAUUCCACCGGGGGUAAAAGCUAAAAGGAAAGUGCACAGCAGCUCACUGUACGACUCUGACAUAUAUCGACCAGCCAUCUUUCUCUCAGCCGUGAUUCUGGCAACUAUACCUUAUGUUUUUGAGAUGCAACUAACGCACAAGGUUGGAGACUGGCAGCAACGGAAAUAUCCACUUCCCAUCCAGGUGACAUGUAAACUUUAGGCAAUGACAAUUUAAAAAGAAAAAAACAGACAAAUGACUGAGAACAAAUUUCGCCUUUUUGUGUUGAGAAGAGAGCUAGAUAUUUGUCACGCUUCGACAGCGCGAGAUGCCAUUGUUGCAUUCCCCGAAUGAUUCCGUGUCGCAUUCCGUGACGGAUCUGCUCACGAUGGAUGCUUGUUAUUGAGAUGCUGCAGCAUCGAUUUUUCCGAUUUCGACAGGUACAUACGGUAGGUCGAUGGACAAUAGAUGGCAGCACCUCUCGGCUAAUUGAUGAAAGUCGAACAAGGAAACGAUUGUCGCGAAUUACAAGUUUCCCUCGGUCAAUUUACCAGAAAACCGGCUUGUACACUUUUCUGCCCUAGUUUAGUUUUUCUCUUGAGCAGGAUUUUAAUGUUGAGAUCAACUAGCCAAACAGGUGAAAUUAGGGGCAAGAAUCGGGUUUUCUUUUUGAUUUUCAAUUCGGUUACGUGCAGUUCACCUGCAUGUGGAGAUGGUUACCAUCGGUCAGUCGCUCUUUCCUCUUUAGAAACAACGGUCGACUUUGUAAUUGUUCAAGUACAUUCCACUUUAACUGAAAAUGUUGAGCGUUUUGUGGAUUUUAUGGAACCCAAUCGUUGGAUCACUAUUGGCCAGCGUCCUGGCCAUCUACUAUUGGAUUCAAACGCGCUUUGAACGACAAAGUUGGCAAACCUAUCAGCUGGUUCAAAACUUAUUUGGCGAUUCAGUUCGGACUAUCAACUGGGGAACGAUCGGAUGGGAUUUGAAGGGCGAAAUGCUUUUCCCAAAUCCAAAUUAGCGCAAUUACCAUACGAAAGAGAUUUCCAAACAACACCUAUAAUCAUUUAAUCAAUCAAAGCUUUCUCGUCGUAAUCUUAAGAACAAAAUGUUUUAAAAAAUAUUGUACAAAUUUUCCCAGCCAAACAAAUAUUAUAUGGCCGUAAGAUAUUUUUUGUUUUACAUCAGAAAAUAAAAUUAGCUAUGCACCAAA